AUGUGCCACUACUCCCUGAACAAGUCCAUCUACCCCCUUUUCGAGGCCAGGGCGAGCAAAAGGGACCAGCAACUCUGGGAGUUUAUAAUCAAGAAGGACGACGGUUCACGGGGUAAAGGCCCGCCACAACCUCAGCGAGUCAAGAACGCACUGGAUGCCUUUCAAAAGAUGGUGGACUAUUGCGAGCUCCUGUCAUGCCGCCGAAUGAAGCUGCUAACGCAUUUCGGAGAGACGACACCACAUGCAGUGAAGGCAGCUCUUCAGGAGCUUCGGGAGAGCGGUGCCGUGGGGGGAAGUGGCGGUGGCAUGCAGCCAAGGGUGCAAAUGGGCAGGCCACCGCUGUCUUCCAAGUUGAAGGAUCUGGUGGAGAGCGAGUUCUGGAAGAGGGACGAUGAGGAGGAGCCUGAGGAGAGCAUCUCCGGCUCUGAUGGGGAGGACGAAGCAACGGAGAAGAUUGCUCGUGUGGAGAGGAGGAUGGGAAAGAGGCCCUCGUUUGCCAGCAAAAUGGACGCAAUGAGUCGGGCUGAGGAGGCGUAUAACCGCGAGCAUGCAGCGCCGAGAAGCAGGCUGUCAUCCCUGCGACAACAGUUUGUAAGUCACGCGAUGGAGGGGGUUCGCCCGCAUGACAAUGCUGUGACUUUUGGGUUGACUCAGAAGUUACCUCGUCACAUGAUGCGAUGCGUUCACCCGCUUGACAAUGCUGUCGUGAAAGUUUUCAUUCUCGGUAGUGCCAAGCCGCCCCCCAACCUGAUACUUUCUUGCCUUCUUAUCAUGUUGUUCGCUGUUUCUCCUCCUUGCAUGCCCACUUAA